AUGUCAUCACUCAAUUAAUAGAGAUAAUAUUAAUAGUAAUAAAAAUAAGAAACUUAAAAGCGUUUGGAAUAGUACAUUUCUGCUGUUAAGGUAAAAUUGAGAUUAAUGGUUUAGGAUUUAUAAAGCGAGAUUAAGAUUUAUUAUGGUAUGUUAGAAAGAAACGAAGAACCCACAUCGGAGAGAUUUAAAUAGACUGCCUUCAAAUUUUUAAAGUUUGAAAAGGAAAUGAAUAAUUAAAUUGAGGACAUAGUUUCCAAAAUAGUUAGCUAGAAAGCAAGGAAAUGA